AAAAAAUACAAAUUAUACGGUUUGUAUUAUAUUGUUUGUUUUUUGUUAAAAUAUUCCUUCAUUGUUGCCAUCUAAGUACCAGCUAGCUUUGAUUACUCACCUCUGCAAUGGCUUGUGUCCAACAAGUUAGAACUUCACAGGAUACUCAGCUGUUACCUAAUCAGGUUCGCUCAGAGCAGCAGUCCGUGAUUGUUAUGAAGAGACUUCUCGCCAUCGCAGUGUCUGGGAUCACAUACCUGCGAGGCAUUUUCCCAGAGAAGGCCUACGGCAUCAAAUAUGUCGAAGAUCAGAAAGUGAUGAUCCUAAAAGAGGAACGCACCUGUCCUGGUGCCAACCAGAUUGUUAAAUGGAUGCAGGGAUGUUUUGAGGCCAUCCAGAAGAAGUAUGUAAGUCAAACUCAACCUUUUCCAUCAUGUCUGACUGAGUCACUGAAUUAG